AUGCCUUCCGCACCAGUCGUCGAGCAACAGAUUCAGGCCCCGGAGCCAAUGACCACCCAAUCCUCCAACGUUGAGGUCGAGCAGCCAAAAGCCGCUCCCAUCAUGAGCACCUCUGGCGACGCCGUCGGACUGCGUGGAGGAGAAGAGGCAUCUUGCGAGUGCUGCGGUUGUGGAUGCGCCGAGGGCUGCUGUUAA